ACUGAAUUUGCCGAGUUGUCAAAUGUGGGACGUGAAGUCUUGCAAGAAUUAUUAAUUUGUAAUUGUAAAUUGUAAUUUAGUAAAGUUGAAGGCAAAUAAUUCAUGGUUUUAUACAUACUGUGAUAAGUCAUUAAGUUAACGGACAAUCAUGUCACUAACUUUGGACGAAAUUGAGAAGGACGUGUUUCUGAAGCCUUUUACCCAGUCCAACUUUGACGUUGGGGGACAUGUGACGUCUCUCUUACCGAAAACGUCGACUGCCUUGACCCAGCUCUCCACAUCUAUUUCGUCCAUUGACCAGCAAAUCCACGGAAUUGUGACCACCCAUCAUGGCGACCUUCUCGCACAAACAUCCAACGUCGAGCUUAUGGAAUCCGUCGUGCAAAACUGUAACAAGAGGGCGAGCAUGUGUCUCCGCUCGGUGGAUGGCGUUCGACAAAAGUUGAACGAUCUACACGCCCAAUGCCGACAGCAGGUUACCUACUUGGAAAACUUGUACAAGGCGAACCAAGCCAUGAGAAGGAUGAGGGCAGUGGUGGAAAUCGAUAAGCGUGCGGAGAACGAGCGGAAUACGGCGGAAGUGGCGUCAUGUGUGGCGCAAAUUGAACACCUGUGCCUUAAGUCACCCAAACUGGAUUUUCUCCAACCUUAUCAUGAUAAGGCUUCCUCCCUUCGUCAAAAUAUAGAGAAACAAACCGAAAACAUUUUGAAUCAAGGGCUUCAAGCCAACUCACUGAGUCAGGUUUCCGGAUGUUUGCAAAUUUUCGCCAACCUGGACGUCCUCGAAGCAAAAAUUGUCAAAGUUUUGGGCGAGACGGAAAAAUAUAUUGAGAGAGAUGUCAAAAUUGCGCUGGAAGUUAAAUUGCAGGCACCGUCUUCCACAAGAGGUGGUGGUCCUGGCCGAGCCGUGCUGCCGUCCACAUCAAAAGCUAUCGUCCAAACGUGGAGCAAUUUAGAUAAUUUUGUCACCAAAGUGGUCGCCCACACGGGAAGGGUAAAACUAUUAUGGAAAGCCAUCCUGGUCGGGAAGGAUUCCUCGUCAAGCGUCCCAUUCUUGGAUUUCAUCACGAGUGGGGAAUCAGUCUGGACAAAAUUUUGGAACAAUUUUAUGGACGUUUUAAUUCGAAAUUUUUCCACUUUGAAAUUGGAGUUUAUGAAGGCCGCGUUGGAAAAUGAGUUUCCAAAAUUACUCGGACUUUUCUGCACAAUGGGGACAAAAAUUGAGGAAGGCUCACCAACCAGUUUAUCAAUCCAGUCCGGCCUGCGUGGUGUGUUAUCAAACUACGAAAAGGCCUACUUAUCCAAAUCGUUGGCCAGAUUAUUUGAUUCAGUCAAUCAGAAUUUUGCCUCUAUUCCCUCCACGUCCGGAAUUGAUGCUGUCGUCACCGUCAUCAAUAACGAAGUCAACCUGCAGGAUGCUAUUCUGAAGAAGUUGGUGAGUCGAAAUGUGAGUAAAACCAUCAACUUGGUAUGUGUCAAGGCGGAACAAUUAAUUAUCAAUGAUGGAAAUUCGACACAAGUCAUCGGGUCACCAACGGAAUCACAAAUGGCAAACGCACAACUUCUCAAUUCUUUGGACUAUUUUAAAUCCGCAUUUCCCGAAGCUACCGAUGCUGUCGGGAUAGUCACACAGAAUUGCAUCCAUCCUCUCGUCCUUGCAGUGGGCGAUGCCAUCGAAGCCAUCAUUCUAACCAUGCACAAUGAAAACUUUCAACGUUCGAGCCGAGCAACAGAGUAUUCUCUUUACAUCGGCGAACUCCAAAGUUUUCUCAAUAGAGUUGCCAAAGACUAUUUUUUAAUGUUCCAGUCUUCCGAACUAAUUUUAAAAUGUGGGAUAUCUCUGGCAUCCAAGACAAUCGACCUGUUCACUCGUCACGCCUGCCUUUUAUCCUCGCUCAACCAAGAGUCCACCAAAACCCAGCUGCUAAUCGACCUCAACCACUUGGAAAUCGUAUUGACUCCGGUGUGUCCCGUAAUUUCCGACUUGGGAAAACCAUACAAACUUCUCAAGGGAUUUAAAACCUUGUUGUCCCUGAAAAUGGAGGAAAUCCCAAAUUCAAACCUGGUCGGAUCCGUUAUCCCGUACAGUUUAGUGAUCCAUUUGCUGUUCAGAUUUUCCCAGGGAGAAAUGAAAAUGCCACACACGAACAACGCCUGGUCAAUUACACGGUACAGCAAAUGGCUUGAUGGACACGGUGAAAUGGAGCGAUUGUCCCUGUUGAAAGCGUCGUUAGAGUCGUACGUGCACAGCGUCAAGUUUAAAGGGCUGCAAGAAUUUACUCCCGUCUAUCCUCACAUGAUCAGUUUGCUGCAGAAAGGAAUGCUUGGUGGAUAACAACGAGAUUGAUAUGUAAUAAAUAGUGAUUUAUAUGUACAACAAUUUGUUAUUAUUACUUUUAUAACAAUUGUGAAUAAAUUAGAUAUAUGCCGUUAUUUAAAAUGA